UCAGUCGUGUUGAGCGGGUGUUUGUGUACGUGCGUGUGCGUUUCCUGUCUGACGUACACACGCCUAUCUAAAAAUAAUAAUAAUAAAGAUAAUAAUGAAUAAUGAAUGAGAAAAGCCAACAGUAAUAAUAAUAAGAAAAGCGUCCAAUAAGAAAGAAAGAAAAAGAAAAUACAUAAAUAAGACAAAGUAAAAUAUAAGAAAAUAUAAGAAAAUACAAGAAAAAGAAGAAGAAAAAGUGUUGAAACUAUAAGUGUGUGUGCGAUUUUUUGUGUAUGUGAACUCCAUAAGUGUUUGUGUGUAUACCCCUUCACUUACAUACAUACAUACAUACAUACAUACAUACAUAUUGACAAAAAAACACGGACACACACCUACACAUUUUACCCCAUUCCUCCUCCUCCUCCUCCUCCUCCUCCCCUCUUCUUUUUAGGGGCAGGAACUAAUAUAUCCACUUAAGUUCCCCUCAUUUCUUCCCUUCACUCCUCUCCAUCAUCAUCAUCAUCAUCAUCAUCAUCACUUUCCCCCCAUUCCCUUCCUUCCCUUCUUCGUUACUCUUUCAUCCUCCUCCUCUUCCUCCUCCUCCUCCUUCUUCCGAACGACAUGCACAGACAGACAACGUUAAAGAAGAAGGAUGAUGUUAAUACAGCCACGCACGGGAAUAAUGGCGGAGGGUGAAUAAAGAAGGGAGAUAGAUAAGUGAAGGAGAAAGAAGGAAGAAAGAAAGAAAGAAAGAAUAAAAGAAAGAAAGGAUAUAUAAAAGAGAGAAGAUAGGAAGGAAAGGAAAGGAAGAAAGCAGUAAGAGAGAGAAAGAAAAAGAAAAGAGAGAAGAGAGAAAAGGAAGAAAGCAAUUAAGGAAAAAAGAAAGAAAGAAUAAAAGAAAGUAAGAAAGAAUAUAUCGAAGAGAGAUAAGAUAGGAAGGAAAGGACGAAAGCAGUAAGAGAGAGAAAGAAAAAGAAAAGAUAGAAGAGAGAAAAGGAAGAAAGCAAUAAAGGAAAAAAGAAAGAAAGAAAGAAGAGCAAAGAAAUACAAGAAAGAAAUACAGUUGAAAAAAAAUACACCGGAAAAGAUAAAUUAGUUACGAUCACAAAGAAAUAAAGAAGAAAACAAAAGAAAGAGAAAAGUCGGAAAUGGAAGAACAAAAGAUAUAAACAAAGUACAUUUAAAAAUAGAAAAGUUAAAGGAGUGUCGAGGAGGAGAGAAUAAAAAAGGGUUAUCGAAAGCAGGAAAAAGAUAGAGGAGGGAAAAGAUCGACAUAGCAACCAAACGAAAGUGCGGAAGAAGCGAAACGAAAGGAAGGCGAUAAGAAAGAAGACUAUUGACGAGCGUAAAAAGAUAAUAAAGAAAACAAAACUGAAAAAAUAAAAAAAAAGAGAGAGGAAAGUCGAGUAAUAGAAAAAGAUAAAAAAGAACAAAAGGAAAACAAAAAAAAAUAGAAAAAAAAUAUUGAAGACGGCGAGAAAUUCAGAACCGAACCGAACAAAGAAAAUAAACUGAAAAAAUAUAUCGAAGAAAAAAGAAAAGACUAAAAAAAAAUAAAAAGAGAGAGGAAAGUCGAGUAAUAGAAAAAGAUAAAAAAAAAACAAUAAAAAUAGAAAGAGAAUAUUGAAGACAACGAGAAAUUCAGACUCGAACCGAACAAAGAAAAUACUGAAGAAAAAAAUAUAUAUCGAAGAAAAAAGAAAAAGAACGCAAAAAACUCAAAGUGAGAAACGAAACUGAAGAAAUUAGAUAAAAAAAAAAAAAAUAAACAAUAGCCAGUGUAAAAAAAAAAAAUUAAAUAACGUAAACAAUCAAAAAGAAGAAAAGUGAGAGAAGACAAAAAAAAAACGAAAAUACCAAAUAAAAAAACGAAGAGCAGAACAAAAAAAGAAAAGAAACCGAAGCAAGAGAAAAGAAGAAGAAGAAGAAGAAGAAGACAACGAACGAAAGGCAAUUAAAGAAGACAAUUAUCGCCGCCCAUCUUCAUUUCUUCUCCAAACAGACAAGCUGAUUGAAUUCGUCCUUAAACGGCACCGCUCCGGCCCUUCGCCCCUUCCCUUCCCUUCUUAACCUCUCCUCACCUUGCCUCUUCCUCCUUCUACCUUUCUCUGACCUCCCUCUAAUUCCCUUCCCUCUUCUUUCUCAGCCCUUCUUUCUCCAAUUUCAUCCCUUCCCUUCCCUUCCCUUCUUUCAUCCCUUUCCUUUCCCUUUAAUUCCCUUCCCUCUUCUUUCUCAUCCCCUCCCUUCUUUCUCUAAUUUCAUCCCUUCCCUUUCCUUCUUUCAUCCCUUUCCUUUCCCUCUAAUUCCCUUCCCUCUAAUUCCCUUCCCUCCUCUUUCUCAUCCCCUCCUUUCUUUCUCUAAUUUCAUCCCUUCCCUUCCCUUUCCUUCUUUCAUCCCCUUCCUUUCCCUUUAAUUCCCUUUCCUCUUCUUUCUCAUCCCCUCCUUUCUUUCUCUAAUUUCAUCCCUUCCCUUCCCUUCUGUCAUCCCUUUCCUUUCCCUUUAAUUCCCUUCCCUCUUCUUUCUCAUCCCCUCCCUUCUUUCUCUAAUAUCAUCCCUUCCCUUCCCUUCUUUCACUCCUUUCUGUUCUCAUUCCUUCCCCUCCCAUCUCUUCUCCCACUUUUAUUUUUUUUUAUUUUUUUUAUUUCCUCUUUUCUAACUCCUUUUUCUUUAUUCAUACUUUCCUUACCUUGAUCUCUUCUUAUUUUCAUCUUUUCAUUUUCUUUCUUUAUCUUUCAUUUGUCUACCUUACCCUCGCUUCUUCCCUACCUUCCCUUUUAUUUUCGUUAUCUAACCUUACCUUGCCUUACCUUACCUUACCUUACCUUACCUUACCUUGCCUUGCCUUGCCUUACCUUACCUUACCUUACCUUACCUUACCUUACCUUUUCUCCUCCUACGUCCUCAUUCUCCUUCUUCCUUCUCCCUAUCUACCAAACUCUUCCACUUCAUCCUUCCUUCGACUCCACCACAACUUCAUCCUAAACCACACCUCAUCCACCACCACCACACCACACACCACCACCACCCCCAAUGCCAUCCUCACACCUGAAACUCAAACACAACAAGCCCGCCAAGAUGCAAACCGCGGGCAAGAAACACCCCCAAAACACCCCCCCCAACACAACCACCACCCCAACCACCACCACCACGACCAUCGCCAGCAGCAGCAGCAGCAGCACCCCGACUCAGACCCCGACCACCAGCCCUAAGCCCUUCGCCAUCCGGGUCUGCAGUGCUGGGGGCUCGGUGCUACCCCUGCAUGAGGCGCUGGGGAACAUUAAGACCCUGGUGGCUGGGACGAUCAAUCUCUCCCCCGGGUACGAGUCCUAUACCCGGCGCCUCCUUCUGCCCCUCCCGACGGAGUAUGACACGGCCCACCACGAUGACCUCUCCGCCGAUGAAGCCUACGAACUCCCGACGCCUAGGGAUGCCAAGCCGUCCAACUGGCGCAAGGUCCGCAACAUUGUGCAGUGGACCCCGUUCAUCCAGACGUACAAGAAACACAAGUACCCCUGGGUGCAACUUGCCGGCCACCAAGGUAACUUCCGCGCGGGCCACAAGCAGGGCACCAUCCUGAAGAAGCUGUGCCCCGCCGAGGAGAAGGCGCUGGAGGCCAUCAUGAAGGACAUCCUGCGGCCCUACGUCCCCAGAUACUCCGGCGUGGUGGAGGGCGCUGACGGGGAGAAGUACCUGCAGCUUGAGGACCUCCUGAGCAACUACUCUCUGCCCUGCGUCAUGGACAUCAAGAUGGGCGUCAGAACUUACCUGGAGGACGAGCUGGCCAAGGCACGGGAGAAGCCCAAGCUGAGGAAGGACAUGUACGAGAAGAUGAUCCAGAUUGACUCGAAGGCGCCGACGGAGGCCGAGCACCGGGCGAAGGCAGUGACGAAGCCCAGGUACAUGGUGUGGCGGGAGACCAUUUCGUCCACGGCCACGCAGGGCUUCAGGAUCGAGGGCGUGCGGCGCGGGGACGGCACCUCCAGCAAGGACUUCAAGACCACGCGGACCAGAGAGCAAGUCCUCGCCUGCCUCUCCAGCUUCCUGCAAGGCUACCCCCACGUCGCGAGUCGGUACGUUCAGCAGCUCAAGUCGAUCAAGAUGACGUUGGAGGCUUCACCAUUCUUCAAGGCACAUGAGCUCAUCGGGUCUUCUCUCCUCUUCGUCCACAAUGACUCCUCGGCGCUCGUCCGCAUGAUCGACUUCGCCAAGACCGUCCCGCUGCCCCGCGACGUCAACAUCACACAUCGAAGUCCCUGGUCGGAGGGCACACACGAGGACGGCUACUUGCUCGGCCUCGACAACCUCAUCGACCUCUUCUCCUCCCUCCAAAAGACCCUUCCUCCUCCUGUCCCACUCCCUCUCACCACCCCCAAUGGCACUGUCUCCUCCAAUAAGUCUCCUCUCACCCCCACCUCCCCCUCCAUUUCCUCCGACUCGACUUCCUCCUCGCCCACCUCAUCCUCGUCCUCCAGUAGCAAGUUCUCCUCGUCCUCGUCCUCGUUCUCCUCUUCCUCCUCCUCCACCAUCUCCACUUCGGCGAGUUUUCCCUCCGCGCCCUCCACCUCCUCCACCAAUCCUGCAGGUCCUGGUGAUACUGGUGGUGGUGGUGGUGGUGAUGGUGGUGGAGGAGUAACACCAGAAGGAGGACAAGAGCACCAUUAUCACCACUCGCCUCUCUCCGCUACCACCACCACAACCACCACCACCACCACAACUUCCUCCACUUCACACACCCACCAGCACCCAACCCCCACCCCUUCCACCUAGAUCUGGGCAAAAGUACAAGAGAAUAAAAGUGAAAAAAAAAGUUAAAUGUACAAAAUCUGAACUUUUUUUUUUCCAUUUCGGCGUAGAACGUAUAUACGUAGAUACGUCACACUAUAUACAUACUAUACAUAACUUUAUAUAUAUUUAGUGAACGCAGCAUGGUGGUGAUGAGUGUGUGUGUGUGUGUGUGUGUGUGUGUACAGGUAAGUUAGUUAUACAGAACCCUUUUUUUCAUACAAGCGAGGACCGUCCUAUACAGAGACAGGUGUUAAUGGGCCCAAUUAGUCUUAAGAUGAGGCAGGUGAGAGGAGGAGGAGAACAGGUAAACACGUGUAAGGAGUUCAGGUGAGAAAAAGUGAGGAAAAUUGAGGUGUGUUUGUGUGUGUGUGUGUGUGUGUGUGUGUGUGUGUGUGUGUGUGUGUGUGUGUGUGUGUGUGUGUGUGUUGUAGGUGAGGGGGUGGAGGGGGAAGGAGGAAGGGGAGUGUGGCAUUACCUUUAUUGUGUGUGUGUGUGUGUAGGGAAGAAUGGAAGUGAGGAGGGACGGGACAAAAAAUAUAACAAACUCCCCUUAAGAAAGAAAAAAGAAAAUUGAAUUAUGUUGCUAACUUUUUUUUUCUCGAUAGACGAUAUGAGUGAUGGUUUGAUGUGGUGCUGAUGUUGUUGAUGAUGAUGAAGAUUAAGAAAUGUUCCAGACAACAACAACAAUAUCAACGAGCUGUGGUGGUAAUGGUGGUGGUGGUGGUGAUGAUGAUGAUGUGGUGGUGAGAGGGUGAUGAUGGUGGUGUAUCGAACGGAAAAGGAGAUAAAAUGUGAUGAUGAUGGUGGUGGUGAUGAGAUGAAAUGAUGACUGCAAUGUGAUGAUGGACGCAAACUGUGAUGAAAUGAAACGUAUGAUGACACUUGAUGGGAUGAAACGUGUGAUGAGAUGUAGCAUGUGAUGAAACUUGAUAUGAAAUGUGUGAUGAGAUGAAACGUAUGAUGAGUGUGAUUAAACGUGAGGAAAUGUGUUAUGAAAUAAAACGUGUGAUGUGAUGAAACGUAUGAGGUGAUGUAAUGUGAUGUUAAUUUCGAUAAACCUCCCCCCGCCCUCGCCCCUUGCGAGAGAGAGAGAGAGAGAGAGAGAGAGAGAGAGAGAGAGAGAGAGAGAGAGAGAGAGACUUUCAAUACCUCGUUUCAGGCCUCCGCGAAAUAGGCCUGAGCUACGGAGUCAUUUUUUGAAACAUUAGUCAGCUUUCCUCUUAGUUUUAUAUCACCAUUGUCUUUAUUAUUAUUAUUAUUAUCAUUAUUAUUAUUAUUAUUAUUAUUAUUAUUGGUGUUCAUCUAAAAAAAAGAAUGAGUGAAAAGAAAAAAAAGAGCGAUACCGUUAGAAAAAAAAAAAAGAAAAGCAGGAAAGUAAUGAGCAGAAAUGUAACUUUUUUGGUAUUUAUUACUAUUAUUAUCGUUAUUAUUACUGUAGAGAAAAACAAUGUAUCUUUACUAUGACUAUUAAACACUAAUUUAUUUU